UUUGAUACUUCCGGUUGUACGCACAUUUUAAAGUUUCAAGUUUCAUUCUUUUAUCCUUAUUUUUCCAGCUGAAGAAGUAUUACAUUAAAAAUAAAAUGCAAGCUAAACAAUGAGAGGGAGAUUCCUUGAGUGAAGAGACAUGGCAGAUGUUAUGAAGCCUUUGCCAGAACCUACAAAUGGUGUGGACACUGUUACAAAUGCUGGAGACCAAGUUCAGUCUGUUGACGCUACAGAAGAAAGAGAGAAUGAAUUGACUGAUAAUGAUGAGGACACUAAAUCAAAUACUGAAGAUGUCAACAAUGACGGUGUAGGAAAUGUUGAACCUGAUACACCUGGCAAAGAUGAAACUGACGGAGAUGCAGUUGUAGGGAAAAAGCACAAUGAAGAUGAUUUAAACUCAGAAAAUGGAGAGAGUAGAAAGAAUGAAGAUGAUACAUCUUUUGAAGAUAAAGACAAAAUUUCAAAUGUAGAUGAAUCUGUCAAUGACAAGGAUAACACAACUUGUGAUGAAGACGUAACUGGGACAGAAACACAAACAGAAGAGGAGGAGGAAGAAGAGGAGGGGAUUGAAAUUAAUGAGAAUGACAUCGUCAAGGCAACUGAUGUCUUUGGAAAGGGAAAGCGUCAACAUGUGAAAAAAGUGGAUGGAGAAUAUACUGACGAUUUUGAAACUGCAGACUCGACUCCACAGAGACAAACAAAUAGAAAGGCUAGCAUGAUGACAGAGGAGCAAAGAGAACUUUUACUGAAACCAUUUAAAGAAGGCUGGAGGAGAGAAGUUGUGUUCCGGAGUACAUACACCCCUGUCACCAAGCACGGAGCAAUGAAGUCUAUUCCAGCCGAUGUAUAUUACCAUCCUCCAGAGGGAAGGAAAUUAAGAUCAAUGGUUGACAUAACUAAAUAUUUGGUUAUGACCAAUUCAGAUUUGACCAUAGACAAUUUUUCAUUUCUACGCAAACCGAUCUUGGAGCCUCCUUUUGAGGUUGUUCGAUCCUCAGGGUCAGUAGGUCGAGGGAAUUUUGGGUCACCAAAAACACCAAGACUGCACAGAGAGUCUAAGCCACAGGUUGUUAUAGAGCGGGAUGGAGAGGAAAAGGAACUCUCAGUUGGAGGGCCCAUUAGGAUUAGUCAGACUGGAUUUAUAAAGAGGAAAAGAGGAAGACCACCAAGUGGAAUUAACAAAAAUUUAAUGCCACGAACAGGAAUACCUCGUAAAAGGGGGAGACCACCCAGUACAAAGAGAGUAGAGAUUAUCAAAUUAUCCAGUGGGGAUUCGGAGAUUCCCAAAGUGGAGUCAACUGACUCGUCCUCUCCCAGUGAGCCCUCCCCCAAACGGUCCAAACCCACAGCAAGGAAGAGUACAACGCAAGGUGUACCAAAGCCAUUCAAGCCAGCUAAACAGCUAGAAAGUCCUGAAAGUUUGGAGGAACUGUGUAACUUGAAUUGCCCCGGGAGGAACUUGGUGCCCCCCUCUCUGCAGUGUCUUGUCUGUCUCUGUCUGUUCCAUCCAGAGUGUGUCAACACAGACCCAGAUAUCGAGGACUUUGUCUGUCUGAGGUGUGUUACGGGAUCUGCAGCUGUGCAAAAACCAAAGCCAAAGACACUCAAACUGAUCCCAAUAACAAUGCAGAACAUCAACGGUAAACCCAUCACAGCCAACAUUCCAGUGAUCAAAUCCAUUAACACUACCAGAUUAACCCCAGAAAUCCCUGUUUCCUCCAAUUCCGUAACCACUACAAAUACAGUCACAGUAAAGCAAGAGCCCAUGGAUACAGAAGAAUAUGGUCAAACAAAGGGGAAAAAUACUGUCAGUUCGACAACCAUGGGCACUCUGAAGAGUGUACUGGAUAAGCGAUCUGUUAUUGUGACCACUACCCCCAUGCCUGUAUUGCUGAAUUCUUUCAGUGGAUCACAAGCAAGCCUAGCCUUUAAUGGAAGUAGUCCUCAGAUAAACGUCUCUAGUAGUAAUACAGUAGUUUCUCCGAACCCUGCAGCAUUUACAGCAAUACCAAAUCUGCCCAUCUUUAAUCCAUUAAAUGCACCAAAUUUAUUAAGUCAAAUUCAGGUAUCUCCUAACAUUGUCAACCAGCCAACAGCUUUUUCAUCUACGAAAAUAAGUUAUUCCCUACCGAGCGUAUCUCCCGUCACUCAGCCCCCGCCCCCAAAACUGACUGCGGCUCCCACGCCCAAAUCUAGCCCUGGCCCCGGCGGCAUUGAAAUCACCCAGACAUCGAAGAAUGGCCAGUUAUUGACCCUACCUAGUGCUGUGGCAAAAAGACUGAAUCUCAAGCAGCCUUUGGCACUGAAAAUAAACAAUAUGCAAAUUACUGUUCCCCCUUCCUGUCUUCUAGUGACAGCCGAUGGACUUAAGGUGUUCUUGCCCCCUAAAACAUUUCCUGUUCAACUUGGGGAAACAGCAAAAUUGUGUGUUACAGUAACAAAUGACAAAUCAUCAUCUCCUAACACAAAGAUUAGUGUAAAUAUUGGUAGCUCUACUCCGAAAGAAAAAAAUGAUUCUCCAGAUUCUAAGAAAGGCCGUUCACAAAGGCAUUGGAAGGCGGGAAUCAACCCAGCUAACUGUCAAAUCAAAAAGUUAUAUGGGGGAUUUGACUGUAUGCUCUGCAUAUUUCAGUAUCUCAACAUGCAUGAUUUGGCAAGAGUAAGUUUGGUUUGUCCAACUUGGAGAGCUUUGGCAAAGAGCCCCAUGCUUUGGCAUGAGGUAAAACUCAGGAAUGUAAGAGUGGCGGACUGGAAAAAGGCUGUCAGGUUUCUCCUCCAAAGGGCCGUUCAUACUUUGAAUCUACGAGGCCUGGAACAUUAUGAGAGUCGGAAUCACACUUGGCACCAGUUUCUGUCUGUGGUUCCUCAGCUAACCUGUAUACAGAACAUUCACUUUGGCCUGGUUCCCGGCUCUGUUUUACAGCACGUCUGUGAGAAGAUGCCUCAUCUUGAAGUCUUCACAGCGGAGUGGAUCAGUGACUAUGAUGAUGACCAGAAAUGGGACCAUGUUACUAAACUUAAUAUAGGAAAGUUUAGCUCCUUGCCAAAUCUAACAGAACUAAAGCUUCGAGGAGUGGUUGGGUUAGCUUUGCCAUCAUUUACCCUAAGUGGAGGGCUUGAUGAUCUCUCCUCUUUGAAACAUCUGAGAAAGCUGUCUUUGACCACCUUGACCAAUGUUGAGGAGGCUGAGUUUGCUUUUCUAGAGAAGAUGGAGCAGCUGGAAUGCCUGGAGCUGGGAGAUUGUCCAAGAUGGACAUCCAAGACAUACUCUUUGUUAUCAAAUCUGAAGAAUUUGAGGAUCCUUCGGCUGGAGAAUGGUGGAGACAUAGAGAGUGAUGAGGGAUUAGGAGAGGCACUCAGCCAGAUCAAAAGUUUAGAGAGGCUAGAGCUGAUUAUGUUUGUGUUACCAGAGAAUGUCAAAGGACUGGACCACCUCAAAACCCUGGUGAUCUGGCCCAAUACUCAGAAAACCUCACCGAUACCAGGAAAGGUGAAUUCUAAUAUGAUGAAGGUCGUGUCAGGACUGAAACAGCUGGAGAAGUUAGAGUGGGGCAUUAUGAACAAUUCCAGUACUUCUAUUAUACUCGAUAAUGAAUCAUCAAACACAGAGUGGAUACCAUUCCUUCCAAACGUAGAGGAGACCAGUUCAGACAGCAGUUCUACGGCUGAGUACAUAUCUGUCAUCCAGUUCACAUCCAAUCUUACAAAAGCUCUCCCAAAUACAAGAAUCAAAGUAUACAACUCCAGUGUUAUUCAGCAAGAGUCAGAGAUUUAGUUCUCAAUGUACAUGUAUACCAUUGGGCUACAAUUUAACAUAACAACAUAACCGAUGAGAGGCAAGAAGAGCCCACCUGAGGUCUGUGACAGGGAGCUGAAGUCUGCUUUUUUGGGGGUGGGGGAUACAACAUGGAUAUUUGAGAUAUUCCAUUUCUCUUUAUUGUUUAAGAGUAUAAGAUGUGAUACCAUUCAUGGAUGUGAGAGUUUCGUUGAGAUUUAGUGCUAGGGGAAAUAUGAGUGAUUCAAUUAUAUGUUUUUGCACACAUGACAUUAAUUUACAGUCAGCAUUUUCUUUGAAAAUGGUAGGAUUGAAUUUCUAUUUUAAAAAAUAUUCACAUGAAUGUACAUUGCAAUUGAUUGUUCAUAGUUGUAAAAUUGUGUUUCCAUAAGAUUUACUUUGAAAUUUUUGCUGAAAUUGUAAUUUUAUUAACUUUGCUUCUGAUAGAUUUAAUGAAAAUCAAAUUAAAAUCAGUUACAUGUAUUACACUGUGAUGAAAAGAAAAAUGCUGUUUUGCCAUGCAGGUUUUGUUUCAUUUUCCCCCACAUGUUCAAAAGAUUCUCAACAUUUUUUUACAUAUAAAUCUGAAAUUAUAAGCAUGUUACUGGACAAAUGACAUGAACAAGCUACAAAUACUUAUUUAAGAUUUUUUUUAUCUUUGUUGAAAAAAAGUCUCCUUAAUAUAUAUAUUGUUUCAUAUUUUAUUGUACAUAUUUGCAUGCAUCAUGGUUAUAGUUUAA